GGGGGCCGGCCCGGGCGGAGCCAGCGCGGCGGGGAGGGAGCGCCGGGGAGCGGGGAACCGGCGGCAGCCGCGGGCGAACCAUGGGGGCCUGUCUCGGUGUCUGCUCCCUGCUCAGCUGCGUGUCCUGUCUCUGUGGCUCUGCACCAUGCCUGCUGUGUGGCUGCUGCCCCUCAACCAAGAACUCCACCGUCUCCCGCCUCCUCUUCACCUUCUUCCUCUUCCUUGGCACCCUGGUGUCCAUCAUUAUGAUAACCCCUGGCGUGGAGAAGGAGCUACACAAGCUGCCAGGCUUCUGUGAGGGCAGUGGCUCAGUGCUGGGCAUCCAGACCAGCGUCAACUGCGAGAGCUUCCUGGGCCACAAGGCCGUGUACCGCAUGGGCUUCGCCAUGGCUGCCUUCUUCUUCCUCUUCGCUGCCAUCAUGCUCUGCGUGCGCAGCAGCAGGGACCCGCGAGCGGCUGUGCAGAAUGGAUUCUGGUUCUUCAAGUUCCUGGUGCUGGUGGGGAUCACAGUGGGAGCCUUCUACAUCCCUGAUGGUACCUUCACCUCAGUGUGGUUUUACUUCGGUGUGGUCGGUUCCUUCCUCUUCAUCCUCAUCCAGCUCGUGCUCCUCAUUGACUUUGCUCACUCCUGGAGCCAGCUGUGGCUGCGCAACGCCGACGAGAGCAACGCCAAGGGCUGGUACGCAGCCCUCUGCAUCAUCACCUUCAUCUUCUACGCCGCCUCCAUCGCGGCCAUAGUGCUGCUCUACAUCUACUACACCAAGCCCCAGGGCUGCACGGAGGGCAAGGUCCUCAUCAGCAUCAACCUCAUCCUCUGCCUCAUCGUCUCUGCCGUGUCCAUCCUGCCCAAGGUGCAGGAAGCUCAGCCGCACUCAGGACUGCUGCAGGCUUCCCUCAUCACCCUCUACACUACCUACAUCACCUGGGCCUCCCUGGCCAACGUGCCAAACCGGAGCUGUAACCCCACGCUCCUGGUAAGGAGCAGCAACAGCUCAGCCGCGGCCACCCAGCCAGUGACAACCUGGUGGGAUGCCCCCAGCAUCGUGGGCUUGGUCAUCUUCCUCCUCUGCACCCUCUUCAUCAGCCUGCGCCGCUCGGACCACCGGCAGGUGAACAAACUGCUGCUGACCGAGGGCGGCGGGGCCGGCGCCGCGGCCGAGGAGGGGGCCGCGGAGGGUGGCCCCCACCGUGCCUACGACGACGAGCAGGAUGGGGUCACCUACAACUACACCUUCUUCCACCUCUGCCUCCUCCUCGCUGCCCUCUACAUCAUGAUGACCCUCACCAACUGGUACAGGCCUGAUGAGAGCCUGCAGGUGCUGAGUAGCCCCUGGACAGCCGUGUGGGUGAAGAUCUGCUCCAGCUGGGCCGGGCUCCUGCUCUACCUCUGGACCUUGGUGGCUCCGCUGGUGCUGCCAGACCGGGACUUCAGCUAAGGUGGCCUCAGGUGUCCUGCUGCCAGCUGGAGCCAUCGUGGCCUUGUCUCUAGAGGCUGGGGACAGCCCCAGCCCUGCCUUAGCCUUAGGUCUGCACGCAGGAGCAGCUGUGCUGGGUUGUGCCUGCUUGCAGAGCUUCUCUUUUAACUGGGAAGGGCUGAAGUGCCAAGCAGGGAGACUCAGCAGGGGCUGAGAAAGGCAGCAGGCUGUUUGUCAAGCUCUGAUCCUCUCCAUGUUUGUCUAGUGCCUUGGCUGGUACCUCCAUACCCUCUUCUUCUAGCAGAGACCACCACCUAGCUUUGGGAGGGUUUGGUUUUCACCAGCUGCUCUUGUCUCGCUUGGUGCCCCCGGACCAUGGUGCCUUUUGGAGGGGCUCUGGGGACCAGCCAUGGACCAGGACCCAGGACCUGCCUGCUGUUGCCUCCCUAAAGAGCCUGGAGGGAAACAAAACUCAUGACUUUGUGGCUGGAGUCAGAUGUCCCUCUGCAUCCCCCCAGGCUUAGUGGUCGCCCCAGCUCCUCAGGGGCUCUCCUGCCCAUCUGUCCUUACAGUAGGACAGGGUCCUGGUCCUUGGAGGAGCACAGGUCAGGUUUCCACUGGCUGUGCUGGCCUGGCCCCAGCACUUUGCAUCUGUAAUAAAGUCUUGU